CCACCAUGUCUUGUGGGAAUGAAGUCCAGGGAACCUAAGAACAGCCCUGUUCGAUCAAGCCAGGCCCAUCCUAGUCCAGCAUUUGGUUUCUCCCUGCUUGAUGCCUGUGAGAUGCUCACAAGAGGCUACGUGAUACCAUGACCCCAUCAAGACUUCUGCUCCUUCUCCUGGUUCUCUCCAGGGCUAAGAUGGGCCUGUCCUUCAAGUUGCACAAUGCCGAGUCCAUCUUCAGCUGCCUCAACUCUGCUCUCUCCCAGGCCAAGCAAGACCUCCUUGGCGAGAACUCUGCCCUGGAGAAGAGGACCUUCAUGAUCCCUCUGGAGGGUGAAGACACCGCCUCCUUUGAGGACCUCAAGGCACAGAAGGAGAAAAGGACAUUCCCAGCCGUCACCCGCUAUGUAUCCCUCGCCCAGGGGAAAGGGAAAGCAUCGCACAGCCAAGCCAAGAAUGACCGACGCACUAAGUUUACCCUUUCCUUGGACGUCCCAACCAAUCUCAUGAACAUCCUCUUUAACAUCGCCAAGGCCAAGAACCUAAGGGCAAAAGCCGCCACUAACGCUCAGCUGAUGGCACAGAUCGGCCGGAGAAAGUGAGGGGAGGGCCAGAAGAGGCGGCCAGGGAGUGGGCCUCAGCCCAGCCUCCUGACCUUCCCAGAUGGGACUGUCCACUGUACUCUGUCAUACAAAAGUGGUCUAUUCUCCAGUUCUUGAAGCUGCACUGCAUUCAUCCUUUCUUUCCCUGUCCUCCCCUCUCUCUCUCU